CUUGAGCGACCACCUGCCCAGGGAAAGCGGCUAAAUUUUAUAGCUGCCAUUUAUCGUAUUCAUUUUAUUUACCGCUCUGUCUACUGUUCAAGCUGAGGCUUAGACUGUUCUCAGCCUUCUAUUUUCCCAUAUUCUCUUUUCGAUCCGGAUCGUUGAACGCGCAGACAGAAUCGCGAGAGAACUGGACACCAGCGCAAAACGGGAGAAUUGACGGGGUAGGGGGUGGGGCGUGCGUUGAAUAGAGAGGUAGCUGACGGGACGUUUUCUUUGAUUUUUUGCGUAAGACAUGCGCGCGGUAGCCCAGUCUGUCUCCUAUAUCCAUCCGUCCUUAGGCUCUCGGCAGAGUUUCGAAGUGAAUAACAGAAGAACCGAGUUCUUCUUUGUAAGAAAGAGGAGGUUAUGGGCCACAGCAACAAAACCCAAACAGCCAAUAUGUAAAUUUCCUCGGUAACCACGAGUAUCGAUCGACACCUGAAUCAACAACAAGCCGGAACAACAAAAGAGCAACAAAUGGACAAGUGACUCAUGAAAUAUUCAUCAAAGCACGAGUACCAAUGAAGCUCCGAGAAUUGCUUCAUAGCCGCUGCGAAAGAACAAUAAGAAAGGGUUUCGAUGAUCUUAGGUAAAUUGCUCAAAUAAUGUUGGAGGAUAAAUCGACAAUUUUACUCGACAAGGUCAGGUUCUCUAAUAACCGUCAUGGCAACAUUUCACCGCAAAACUCACCCUCACGAAGCGUUGGAUGGGGGUGUUAAUCGUACCAGCGCAUCUUUAGACGACAACAGUCGAUAUUUUUCAGGUUCAACUUCGUUCAGUCGGAAAAUGAAGUCUGUUCGUGGAAUGAGAUUUCGUCCAGUUAUACCGGCGAUUAUCGGCGUGAGCCUUGGGUUCGCUUUGUCUAUGUUUUACAUCCCUGUUGUGGAACAACAAUGUUUGUACGAUUUAGAAGAGUCGCAAGUUUUGAUUUUGGGUCACCAAAAACAACCUGGCGACUUCGAAUCAAGGAAGACAACAAGCGAGGAGUCUAAGCCGGUUGUACAUAAUACAGUGCCACCGAAAGUGACUCAUUUCAGUUAUGGUCUACGGCCUUUCUACGUUGCUAGUGAACUUGGUCAUAGAGACAAAUUACUUGUUGGUAUUUUGACCUCUGAAGAAAACAUUGACUCCUUAGUGCUCGCCGUAAAUAACACAUGGGCUCCACUUUUACCAAAAAUUAUAUUCUUCACUCCUUUCUCUAGAGAUGUUGACUUUUACGAGAAGUACAGCAAAGUGUUGGGUUUGCCGAUUGUGCAAUUGGCCGACGUAGAAGAUGAGAAUUUUUCGAAGACAAAAAUGUCCUUUAAAAUGUUAAAAUAUAUGCAUGAUCAUUAUGCCAACAAUUUUGAGUGGUUUAUGCGUGUGGAAGACGCGAUGUACCUUAAGCCCGAGAAACUUGUGGAGCUGUUGAAUAGCGUGAACAGUUCUAAAGAUGUUUACCUCGGUAGACCCGGUUCAUUCAGAGCUAACGGGGGGAAUGGCGAUGGCGAUUUGUACACGCACGAGAAGUAUUGUCAAGGUGGUGCAGGAGUUGCUUUGUCAAGAAGCGCGCUGAUGAAGUUGGUCCCUCACUUGGACAGUUGUCUAGAAGACGCCUUGACCGAACAUGAAGACGUAGAACUCGGGCGAUGUUUAUUCAAGAAUGUCAGACUGCAGUGUACUUGGAGUUAUGAGACAUCAGAGCUAUUUUACCAUAUUCCCAAAGACAGUGAAUCUAAUGACAUAAUAAAUCUGAUCAAAGAGAGAAGGAUGUCUCGUGUUAUAAGCUUGCACCCUGUUACAGAUCCUCUGGUUAUGUACAAAAUGCACCGCUACUACACUGAACUGGAGCUUAAUAGAACGUUUGUUGAGACAAGGACAUUGCAGAAUGUUAUUAAAGACAUGUUACCAUAUCUACCAGAUGGUGUUCCGGAAAAGAGACCUUCAUGGCCUAUCGGUUUCCGUCAACCUUUCAAACCUCAGUCUCGUUUCGAAGUGCUGCAGUGGGAAUAUUUUACAGAUACUUCAAGUUAUGGAUUCACUGAAGUUAAUCCCAAGGUUCCUUUGCGCGGUGACUACAAAAGAGACGUCGAAGAUGUCAAGGAAACAGCAAUUAAAAUGUUAUCACGAGAGUACAGCAGUGCACAGAAAGAGUUUCGCCUUAUCAACGGCUACCGACGAGUUGAUCCGAGACGAGGUGCUGAAUAUAUCCUGGAUAUAGGAAUCAAGAAUACUGGAAGCAAGGAAGACUCGACUGUCAGACGCGUUCAUCUUCUGAGACCGUACACCAGGGUGGAAAGCAUCCAGAUGCCAACUGCCAUUGAGCAGCGUGGAAUACAUCUUGUUCUUCCGGUCACAAGGGGAGACACGGACAAACUGGAUGAAUUUCUGCAGAUGUAUCAGAAAGUUUGUCUACAGACUGGUGAGAACGUCGUGUUACUUACUGUCUUUGUGAACGUUAGAGAUGGAACCAUUAAGAAAACCGGAGAAGACCCAUUUGCGGGUGGGAAGGCCCUUAUUGCACGGUACAAACAGAAGUACACGUGGGCUCAGUUGCCAUGGAUACAGAUUGGAGUGAGGUACAAUUCUGUGACGCUGCUAAUGGACAUAGUUACCAUGAAGCUGCCUGCCAAUGCUCUUAUCUUCCUCACGGCUCUUAGAGUCGAGUUCAACGUCAACUUUUUAAACCGGUGUCGUGUUAACGCUCUCAGUGGUGAGCAGGUGUUCUUUCCCAUUCCCUUCGCAUACUACGAUCCCAGUAUUGUGUAUCGUCAAAGGCCGGUCCCGGAUGUGAUUCCAGUGCACAGGGACACGGGACGCUGGGCCCAAGGACCAAGAGACAUGGCCUGCUUUGAUAACAAGGACUAUAAAGACCUGAGAAUGAGUAAUGACGACUUCUUAAAAGAGCACAAAACACCAGCACUGGAUUUAAUGGAGGUAUUUUCCGCGAGUCCCUUGCAUGUUUUCCAAGCUGUGGACAUUGACUUAAGAAAACGAUUUCAAAACGUCACGUGUGAUCCGCAUCUGAAGGAAGAUGAGUACAACGAAUGCCUCACAAUCAAAGCAGAAGGAAUGGCGUCUCGUUCCCAGCUCGCUCUCCUUAUGUUCGAGAUGGAACAGAAGAUUCAGGGGAAUGGGGCGACAGAAGUGCACCAAUUACGUUAGUUAGUUAGUAUCACUAUUAGUCAAAGCAAUAAUUAACAGUAUCUCCUUCACAACCUUUAAGAAUCUUGAAAAAACACUUGCGUAACGACGCAAUUAGUAGUAACCGUCUCCGGAGAGGGUCUUUGAACUUGUCACGCAAUCUUUCCUGGAAAAUCUGUGUACGUAGUUCUAAUAAUCGACAGUUAAUAUCUCAAAUUUUUAAUAGCAAGUCUCGCAUGCGGGUCAUGAAAUGAUAGAACUGGUCAACAGGAAAAUUAAGUCUUACGUGUGACAAAUGUUUACUGAGCAGCGAUAAUAAUUUGUAUCUUUGAUUCUAAGGUUUCAGCGAUCAACAAAUAUUUCAUUCCUCUUAAUGCUCUUACAUAAAAGCAAGUUGUUAUUUAAAGAUAAGCUUAUGUCAACUUAUUUAACAAGCUGUGUUCAAUAUUUAACCUCCCGAGGAGUGCUAUUAAGUAAGGGAUGCCACGUUCAGCAGAUAUUUGCGGUAACAGUAUCAGCCCCUUGCCAAAGAAAAUCCGAGAAUGGAUUGUAAUUGUGAUUUGUUUGGGGUUGGAUCGCUCCUCCACAAAACGGAAAAAGUUCAAGUCUGAAUGAAUGUUUUUAGAUUAGCAUUCUCUCAAUCAUGUUUGUUUUUACUCUGAGUAUUUGCUAGAUGACAAACAGUAUUUGUAGUUUUUACGAUGAGAAGGAAUCUGCCACAUAACGAAAAGGCGACUAAGAAACUUUACAGUUUUUAUUAGUCUAACAAAUGGCUAACAAUGAAUGUUAACUUAUAGGAAUAUGUAAGUAAAGAUACGAUAGAUCUUCUAAUUUUGUACAAGAAAAUUACAAUAAAUGAGUUAUCGGAGAAAGUGAUA